AACCCAACAUCUGUGAAUGUGUUCAGACUUGUAGUAAUUGAUAAAGAAAGGAGAAGUAUGUUUGAACAACAUGUCCAUGUGGUGGAAGGCGACCCUCCUCAAGUCUUAAUCAGGUGCAUGGUGAAUUGUAAGGUGAAGAUGAACCCAUCGAGUGAGUUUAGCCUGCUGGCUGUGUGUGAGACAUGUCACUACUGGGACACCAUAGAUUUCCACUGGUCACUGUACUUACAUGAUCACCAUGACAAUGUGUUAAAACAUGACCUUGAAAACAUUACCUCCACAGACCUGGUGAGUGCUGGUCUAGCCCUGGUUGGGGGGGUGCUUAAAGGGGGCCGCAGGUACCAUCUCCGUCUAGAUGUUAAAGUGCAUGGCUACACUGCAACAUUUACUGAGUACGCCUUCAUCACUAACCUGCCACCCUACGGGGGAAACUGCUCCAUAGAACCUCUCUCAGGUUAUGCCCUGAGCACAGUGUUUGAGAUCUCAUGUCGUGGUUGGUUGAACCCUGGGGAGGAGCAGUUCAGGGGGGAGGGGCUGCUGUACCAAUUCUGGACACGAGUGAGAGGGGGCUCUGAUACCCAGCUCCUCUACUAUGGCACAGACCCCUUCACAGCACCCUCCAAGUUUCCGCUUGGAAGAAAGGAAAUGGAGUAUGCACAUGACAUUGUUGUCCGAAUCUCAAAUGCUAUUGGAGAAUAUGUGGAGACUACUCUUGAAUCAAAGGUACUACCGAAGCCACAGCAUGAUCUUGCAGAAGUGCGUUCCCUGGCAGAGGACAGGUCUGGCCCUCUGUUCACGAUGAAAGAAGCUGGACAGGACCAAGAAUACAAACAGCUCAUAGUUGCCAUGGCAUCUGUCCUCAACAACAAGGACUCUGGUGAAGACAUCCCAUCUGUAGUAACCAGUACCAGUGAGACUCCCAACAUUGAUGUAGAUGACAAUGAAGACGCAGUUGAGACACAAGGCCUAGAAGAUGUUGAAAAGCAAAAGAACAUUGUGAUCCGUUCCACAAUUGUCGAGCACCUGUCGGGCACUGACCAUGUGACUUUGGAUGCCCUUCAACAGACUGCUCUGUGUUUCAAGGUCAUUACUGUACAGACAGACGAACUGACAGCUGAUACACAGUCCCAAGCAAUGACAGCUAUAACAAAGAUGUCAGGGGAGUUUGAAACCAUCAUGUCUGAGCCAUCCAAGCUGCAGUCCACAGACCAGGUCAUCCUUGCUGCCAAAGAGAUGCUAUCAAGUGUGGGAAAUGUGAUGCUGGCUGCUCGGCAUUCUGCCUCCAGUACACUGGAAACCAUGGCGGUGGAUACAGAGCUCAUAUCGGAGGUUACAGCUGCAGAUGGAACAGAGGCUGGACUAGAGCAGCUGGAGCAACAGGAGCAGGCUACUGCAAACUCUGAUGUCUUAAGCAAGGCGAAGAAGGUGAUAACUGCGGUGUUUGCAGUAAAAGACCGUAUAGUGGAGACGCUGGUGAAGACACAGACACCUGGCCAGGAGCUCGACCUGUACACCGACGCAUUCACCAUACUCACUCGCAGGCAAGAGAUCAACAAGAUAGGAGAAGGCAAUAUGGAGACAAGUUCUGGGAAGUUUGUGUUGCCAAGAGCUGAUGUCCUGCUACCCAAUGAUUCACUCUCAGAUCCCUAUGUAGAUGUGAAUUUAGUGGAGUUUCCCAUGAACCCAUACCUUUGGAGUCACAGUGCCCAGUUCAUCCACUCCCCAGUAGUCAGUCUAAAUCUUGUGGACAGCAGUGGACAUGACAUUCCCGUGGUCAACCUCUCACACAGCAUACAACUGGACAUCACACUGGACCCUGCCCAGAUCUCUACUCACCAUGUAGAGGCAUACUUGGAAGACCGUUCAGACAUGGAUGUGCACAGUUUCUGGGUGAACUCGAACACCAGCAGUAUUCACAUAAUUGUGUUGCCAGAAAACACCAGCGUCCCACUGGAGGUGUUCGUACAACAUGGUGAAAAUCCUACUGCUUUGAAAUAUUUGCAGCAUGAGACUCUACCCAAAUCAGUGGACAAUAUAGAAGGUGUGACAGAUUUACCCGAGGCGAUCAAGUUGGAAUUGAGGUACACGCUUACCGUGACAGCAGACCUCAUACAGCUACAUGGGACAGGCUGGUGGUAUGUGGCCAUCAGAAAUUAUGAUGAAAAUGCCUUUGAACCCAACAGUUAUGAGGACCUGUCUGUAUACUAUGACAAUGACCUUGAGCAAGGAGUGACCAUCACUUAUGACCUUCAGCUCGUGACCUCAGGAUGUUAUUACUGGAACGUAAAAGCUGACUCAUGGACAAGCGACGGAUGUGUGACGAGCCAGUUGUCAAACACCAACUUCACACGCUGUCUAUGUAACCACCUGACAUCAUUCGGCUCAGAGUUCUAUGUACCACCUAACCAUAUCAACUUUGAGCGUGUGUUCAGCACAAUGGAAUCAGAUCUCCGUGACAACCAUGCGGUGCUAGCCCUGCUGUGUACCGUCACAGUGCUGUACGUGGUCGGUGUUGUGUGGGCUUGGAGACAGGAUAAGAAGGACAUACAAAAGUGGGGAGUGUUGCCCUUGGUUGACAAUAUUGUGAGUGACAGCUACUUCUAUGAGAUGACUGUGUACACAGGGAUGCGGCAGGGGGCAGGAACAGCCUCUAAUAUCAGCUUCGUGCUGGCAGGGGACCACAUUGACACAGGUGUUAGACAGCUUCGGGAUGAGAAGCGUUUAAAGGAGUUCAACCGAGGGAGCAUUAAUAAUUUUGUGUUGAGUGCAGACGAGCAGCUGGGUUCCCUUGUGUUCCUGAGAGUUUGGCACGAUAACUCAGGUGCUGGGAGUCGCCAGGGAUGGUACCUCAGCAGGGUCGUUGUACGAGAACUCUUCGGACAUGAAAAUGUGUAUGUGUUCCUGUGUAACAGGUGGCUGGCAGUGGAAGAGGAUGAUGGAAUGGUGGACCGUCUGCUUCCCGUUGCCGCUCAUGAGGACAUCGCUUCCUUUGGCAACAUCUUCUACUCCGAUACGCGAAAAAGACUCACAGACUCGCACCUGUGGAUAUCAGUGUUUGCUAGGCCUAACAGGAGUAAUUUUACACGAGUCCAGAGGGUUUCUUGCCUCUUCUCACUUCUCAUGAUGUCUAUGUUGGCCAGUGCCAUGUUCUAUCGCGCUGAAGACAAUUUACGGAAUGCUCAGGGGUACACACUUGGACCUUUUAAGUUUACUCUUCAAGAAAUAUACACUAGUGUAGUAACAAGUAUUCUCGUGUUCCCAGUCACCAUAUUGAUAGAUCAGUUUUUUCGCAGAAGCAAACCAAAGGAAAGACAAAAAGAGCAGGCAUUUCGUCCUCAUAGACCAGCAUCAAGUUUCACACAGAACUUUUACAAUAUAUUUAGACCUCAAACACGAACUCAAGUAUCUCCUAUCUCUGAAAAUGUAUCCAGUCCAAAGCAUAGAUCAUACAGGCCAAGUAAAAAAGUUUCCGUUACAUUUCAAGACGUUGCUUCUGAAGAAUCCCCUCCAUGCACUCCUAGCAAUCUAGACUUGCUGACCCCUACAGAAACCCCUGCCCCAGCUGUUUUUGUAUCCAGCAAGAACAAUGCCUCACCACCCUCUGUACCUGUGGCCCGGCACCACCACACUCCAGCCCCACCCCUCCACCUCAAUACUGCAAAUGAAACUUCUCAAGCAUGGAGGUUUAAACAAAAUGUGGAAUUACAUUCAAAUGAAGAACAAGAAAAAUUGCCAUUUAAAUUACCACAAAGACAUUUAACUCCAAGGCGUUCAAUGUCCUUCACCAAUUCACCAGCCAUCUCACCGAGGGCUGAGCCCAGGUCACCAACUGAAUCCAUAUUUUCCUUUGACUCUGUUUCACCCGAGAUAGAAGACAUUACCAUGAAAAACAACCCUGCAAGGGGGACAACUGCAAGGCAAGGGAAGCUACUCCUACCCCACUGGUGUGUGUACAUUGCCUGGACUAUGGUGUUUCUGACAUCCUCUAUAUCUGCUGGAAUAACAUUUCUGUACAGUAUCGAGUGGGGGAAAGAAAAGUCUCUUGCCUGGCUUACCUCCAUGCUCCUGACCAUCGUGGAAUCUGUCUCGAUUAUACAGCCGGCUAAGAUCCUGUUGGUUGGUAUAUUUGUGGCCGCAAUAUUACGUAAGACAGAGGAGGUAUCUGCAACGGAAGAGAUCUCUGACCUACCUGACCUUCACCCCAGGGACAUCAGCAGGACAGCCACACCCACAAGGACAAAAAGGUUGAGUCUAAAAGUUGAACCUCCAAAUGAGAAGAAGCUUGCGGCCGUGAGAAGCAAGCGUUUAAAUGAGUUGAAGAUGUUCCGAGUGGUCCAGGAGAUUGGCUUUUACAUGAUGUACCUGGUCAUCUUGAUUCUAGUUGCCUCCCACAACAGGGACCACAACUCAUACAGGUCCAAGGAGACACUGCUAAGCAUGAUCUCACCAAAGAAGAAUCUCUCUAGGGUGCAUGACAUUGGUGACCUUUGGGAUUGGGUGGACACAUUGUUGGUUCCAGCCCUUUACCCUGCCCAAGACUGGAAUGGGGCCACCCUAGUACCAGGGUCAAGACUGAUUGCCACACAGGCUGCAUACAGGAUUGGGCCCCUCAGGCUGCGACAACACAGAGUGGAAAAAGAUACAUGCAACAGAGCACACCAGAUGAUUCCUUAUAUAGAGGCUUGCAGCUUUGACCUGUCUGAAGGUCAUGACAGUACAAGGUCAUAUAGUGAAGGAUGGGGACCAGUGACAAAUCAGUCUGUGGCGGAUCACAUGACUGCAAGUCACUGGGUCUACAAGUCUACAAUGGAGCUGAAUGGGGUACCAUAUGCUGGUCAGCUGGGUAUUUACAAUGGUGGAGGCUAUGUGGCUGAUCUUAUUGGUCCUCGUAGUCAUGUGACCAACAUGGUUGCUACUUUGAAAAUGAAUAACUGGAUUGACAGGUACACAAGACUGGUGAUGCUAGAGUUUACAACCUAUAACCCGAACACCAACUUAUUCACUGUGGGUCAAGUGUCAUUUGAACUACCAACAACAGGGCUUAUUCUUUCACAGGCGCAAAUCUACACAUUCAGACUCUUUUCAUACCUUGGGGGAUACGGCAUUUUUGUCAUCAUCAGUGAGUUAUGCGCUUUUGCUUGUGUCGUCUAUUUCAUAGCUUUGGAGUUGAAGCAGAUCAGGACGGAUGGGAGAAAACAUUUUCGUAGCUUCUGGAAUAUGAUGCAGUUUUUGACAUUACUCAUCUCAGUCAUAUGUGUGGUCAUGUACUUGCUGAGACAUGCCAUGACAGCCAUUGCAGUGGAAAGUGUCACAAAACUAAAAGACAAGUUCUACAACUUCCAGCGUAUAUCAUCGUGGGAUGAAUUAUUUCAGACGCUGCUCGCUGUUGCCAUUUUCUCCUCCAUUCUGAAGCUGAUUCACAUUCUCCGCUUCAAUCGCCGCAUGUCCAUGCUUGCUGGCACCCUGAAGCUCGCCGCAAAGGAACUGUCCGCAUUCACCCUCAUACUGGCCAUUUUGCUGUUUGCGUUUGUUGCAUGUGGACAUUUUCUCUUCGGCUCCACCACUGGUGGAUUUAAGAACAUCAUUCAGGGAUUUGAGACUCUCCUUUCCUUUUCCCUAGGCUCUUUCAACUUUCAAAACAUCAUAGAUACUCACCGUGUUUUCGGACCAAUAUACUUCUUCCUGUUUUUCAUGUUUGUUAUGUUUGUGCUUCUGAAUAUGUUUGUUACUAUCCUUAAUGAAGCUUUUUCCAUGGUUCACCGGGAUGUGACCCAACAGAAAAAUGAGUACGAAAUUCUGGAAUUCCUGUGGGGACAUUUAAAGACCUGGGUUGGCUUUGAUCUUGACAAAGUCCUGGCAGAGGUUAAACACAAGUUCAAAAAAGAUUCAAACAAGAUGGCUCGGAAUGCUGAUAAGUACACAAUGUCUGAUGUUGACAACAGGCUUGACCUGCUGCUUGCUUCCCUUGACCACAUGUGGAUCGGACCUAACUCAACCGGGGAGCAGCCUGUGGGAACUUCUCAGACUGGGGCAGGCGAGGGCUACACCGGCACGGAGCUGGGUAACAGGGUGCAGUACUGGGAUCUCACUGGGGACACUGAUGAGGAUGGUUGGAAUUGUGAAACUCCAUAUGGCUUUUAUUCUGAAUAUGAAGGUGGAGAGAUUGUUUACGGCUUUGGUGAUGAAACUGAUGGUUAUAGAUCAUCUAGUCCCAGUUAUGUGUAAAAUAUGAUAAUGAUACGGACACUACAUACUGAUUAUGUAUAACUAUUCAGAAUUUUGAGAGGGAUUGCACCUUGGAUUGGAAAACAAAUAUUAAGCAUUGAUACAGAUCUAUAGAUGAUAAAGUGCCUUGUUUAAACAUAAGAUAAUUUGGAUUCUAUACCAUCAUGUAAUAAUGAUUCUUGAACGAAAAUGAU